AUGAAUCUUCCUUGGCUUGUUGGUGGAGAUUUCAAUGUCAUUGUAGAUGAGGAAGAGAAAUAUGGUAGCCUACCUGUCACCUUAAAUGAAGUGGAGGAUUUCAGACACUAUAUUCAGACUUGUAACCUUAGUGACUUGGGUUAUAAAGGAAGCACCUUCACCUGGUGGAAUGGAAGGGCUGUAGAUGAAUGUGUGUUUAAAAGACUAGAUAAAUGCCUGGGUAAUUUUGAACUGCAACAGCAAUUUCCAGGUUCGGAAGUUAGUCACUUAAUCAAGCUGGGGUUUGAUCAUUUCCCACUUCUGGUUGUGAAGGAUAAUUGGAAGACAGAUGUGGUGGCCAAUUCUUUCAUGACCUUUAAUGUCAAACUUAAGAAUCUGAAAAAGACUAUCACUACUCUUGAAGAAGUCAUCAAAACUCAUGAGGCACUGUUUGAGGAAGAUCCUUCUCAUGCCAAUAAGGAGAAACUUCAAAAAGUGCAAGCUGAGAUGACAAGAUCAUUGCAUAUAGAGGAGGAGUAUUGGAAGAAAAAAUAUGGCAUGACCUGGUUCCAGGAAAGAGAUAAAAAUUAUAAAUUCUUUCAUGCACAUGUUAAAGGAAGGAGGAAAAGGCUGCAGUUGAAAAGAAUACAAAAUUCUCAAGGUCAAUGGCUAGAGACUGAACAUGAAAUUGCUGAGGAGGCUGUUAGGUUCUACCAAGCUCAAUUUCAUGAAACAGUAGUUCCUACUCAGUUUGACAUCUUGAAGCAUGUACCUAGCAUGGUCACAGAUGAACAGAAUGAAGAGUUGACUGCUGAUCCUACCAUGGAAGAAGUCAAGCAUGCAGUUUUUGGCUUGAAUAAUGCAAGUGCUGGAGGGCCUGAUGGUUUUACAAGCAUAUUCUUUCAAGCAUGUUGGGACAUUAUUGGAGGAGACAUAUUCAACAUGGUGUGGGAUUUUUUCAGAGGACAUGAACUUCCAAGGAUGGUUCACCUACUACCUGAUUUGAUUUCCCAGAAUCAAGCAGGAUUUGUGAGGGGUAGGAGUAUAGUAGAGAACAUUUUGUUGACACAGGAGAUUAUUACUGAUAUCAGACUCAGAACUAGGAAAAGGAAUCAGGUUGUGCCUAAUGUAGUGAUGAAACUUGACAUGACAAAAGCCUAUGAUAGGCUGUCAUAG